GCGCAACAAUUACGCAAAGACCGUUAUUUGCUUGGUGUAAAAAUACAUUACUAAGCGAGUGCAAAAAAAACUAUGACUGUAGAUUUUUUAAAAAAAUAACGUAGUGAAGAAAAUUAAAUUGGACCAAUUGAUUUUCGCUACCAGAUGGAGGAAGUUGACGGCAUUUACGUCGGCCGUAGGAGGGCGUUGCUCGACGUUCUCGCUGGAAACGGGCCAGAGGAACGGAAAAUGGCGGACCUCGAAGACGUAACCCUGGACGGGAGACCGCUCCAGUCUCUUCGCGUCGCAGACUUAAAAGCUGCUCUUGAGGAAAGGGGACUAUCGAAAAGCGGACAAAAGAAUGCCCUCGUCAAAAGACUCAAAGGGGCUCUUAUGCUGGAGAAUCUGCAGAAGACCACUCCUCAUGUUGGACUGCAACCAAACUCUCAGAUUGGUGAGGAAAUGAGCCAGAAUAGCUUCAUUAAGCAAUAUCUGGCCAAACAGCAAGAGCUCCUGCGCCAACGUCAGGAGAAAGAGGCACGGGAAGCACAUGACACUAAUGAGCAAGAGGACCACACGGACAGCAUUAAUAACACCAUUGCAUGUCCUCCGCAAGCCCAGGAUGUGACCCCAUCCUCUGCUGACCAGCACAAGCCACCUGGCCCCUCUGAUGGAGGGAUCCUGUUUGCUGCAGUACACGAGGGAGAAGUUAAUAGCAACCAGGAAGCUCACAUGUCCGCUCCUCCUACUUCUGUAUCAGUUACAAUGCAUGUCCCUGGCAGUGAGCAUCAACCGGAGAAGAGUGCUGCAGCCAGUGCCUGCCCAGUUGACAGUGACGAUGAUGAUAGUGAGGACGGUGAGGAGGAUGGUGAUGAUGAUGAUGACUGGGGCAGUAAUAUUCGCAGGAGAACUCAAAGACAGACAGCCAGAGGACCCUCAACUCGGGAGAGGUGUGGAGCAUCUCGUCAACCCCAGCAACAGCACCACAUCCCUCCCCUUUUGUCUCCUCAACUCCGCCAACCAACGCCUCCUCCCUCCCCACCUCCAGAGUUAUCGUUCCCUUUGCCUGACACCCCGAAACAGAGCCCCCCGAGUCCAGAUGUAGCUCCAGCAGGGCACUCGCCCAGUACCUCCACCUCUGGUUCCUCCAGCAGUGAUAGCCGCAGUAGCAGCCCAGAGCCACAAAGGAGUGGAUUUGUGGAGCGUAAACCUGGCCCAUUAACGCUACUGGCCCGUAAAAUGGAAUCAGAGGGUGCCUUCUCUCGGGCCGGUUGGCAUGGUGACAAUGGGGAAGGUGGUAGGAAAGACAGCCGUUCCCCAAUAGCCUCAUCAUUUUGCGACACAGAUCAUCCUAAGGGUCUCUCAUCAGCUGCAGGCCAUGUGCCUGUUUCUAUGAAGCCAGGCAUCAACCAGGAAGUCAGUGGAACACAUUCAGCUCAUAGUCAUGUUCCUGUGAGUGUGCUUAAGACUUUGACAAUGGAAGAAAGAGAAUCUGAACUACAGUCAGAAAAGACCCUUGAGCUGCAAAGACAAGAAAGGGUAAGAAGCCUUGAUCAAGAACGAGCGUUGGAGGAAGAGCGGAUAAAAACUCUUGAGCGAGAACAAAAGGAAAUUGAGAGAUGUGAGCCUCAGCAGGCCUUAGAAAGAGAGCAACAAGAACCUUUUCAGUUUGAAAAUAAACUUGCUUUAGAAAGAGGGAGGUUGGAGAGGGAACAAGCUUUGGCCAAGGAGCAGGAAGAGCAUGAACAAACCUUGGUAAAAGAGAGAGCUCUAGAGCUGGAGAGGCAAAGGGAACUUGAAAGGCAAAGGCUCCUAGAGCAAGAACAUCUCCAGCAAGAAAGAGAAGAGAGGGAAAAGAAAGAGAGAGAAAUAGAGUUAGAAAGACUCCAGGCUUUGGAACGGGAACGAGAGGAAUGGGAAAAGGCUAUUGAAAAAGAGAGGUUAGAAAGAGAAAAAGCUUUGGAGGAAGAAAGAAAAGAAAAAGAACAGAUUGAAAGAGAAAAGGUAUUGGAAGAGGAACGGUUGGAAAGGGAAAAAUUAGAGCAAGAGAGGCUAGAGAGGGAAAAGCAAGAGAGGUUAGCAAGAGAAAAAAUAGAGCAAGAGAGGUUAGCGAGAGUAAAAAUAGAGCAACAGCGAGUCGAAAGGGAAAAAGCUUUAGAGGCAGAGAGAAAAGAAAAUGAAAGGAUUGAAAGGGGAAAGGCAUUGGAACAGGAACGUUUGGAAAAGGAAAAAUUAGAGCGCGAGCGGAUAGAGAGAGAGAAAUCCUUAGAACAAGAGCGUCUAGCAAGGGAAGCAGCCUUGAAAGAACGGCAAGAGCGGGAAAAUGCGUUGGAAAAAGAACGGCAUGAGCGGGAAGAAGCAUUAGAGAGAGAGCAACGAGAGAGGGAAGAAGCCGUGGAGAGAGAGCAACAGGAGAGAGAGGAAGCCUUGAAGAGAGAACAGCAGGAACGAGAGAAAGCUUUGGAACUAGAACGACUAGAGAGGGAAAGUGUCUUAGAGCUUGAGCGACUAGAGAGGGAGAGAGCCUUAGAGCUUGAGCGACUAGAGAGGGAGAGAGCCUUGGAGCUUGAGCGUCUGGAAAAAGAAAAAGCCCUAGAGCUUGAGCGUCUGGAAAAAGAAAAAGCCUUAGAGCAAGAACUACUAGAAAAAGAAAAAGCCUUAGAGCAAGAGCGACUAGAAAAACAAAAAGUCUUAGAGCAGGAGAAGGCCAUAGAACUUGAGGGUAUUGAAAAACAGAGAGCCCUAGAGCAAGAACGUCUGGAACAAGAGCGUCUUGAGAGAGAGCGUGUAGUGCAAGAACGCCUGGAGAAAGAGUGUCUUGAGCGAGCACGUGUAGAGAGAGAAUGCUUUGAGAAAGAGUGUCUUGAGAGAGCACGUCAAGAGCAAGAACGGCUGGAGAAAGAGCACGUUGAGAAAGCAUGUUUAGAACAAGAACGCACGGAGAAAGACCAUCUAGAGAGAGCAUGUAUAGUGGAAGAACGACUGGAAAAAGAGCACCUGGAAACCACACACGCACAGCAAGUCCAACAAAGGUUGGAGAGUGUUAGAGCUGAGGAGGAAGAAAAGCUAGAACUUGACAGGAAGGGACAAAAUAGGGAGAUGUUAGUUGCAGCUCUUGAAAACAAGAGGAUUGAGGAGAAAAUAGCAAUGGAAAGGGGUAGUGAACAGGAAAUUUUACAAAAGAAAACAGCUAAGGCGUUAGACACUAAACUCCUACCAGCUAAAUUAGGUAGUGAGCUUGGUCUUACCCCUUCCACUCCUCCCCUUUCCACAGGACCAGAUAUAAAAACGGAGACAGGAGUCCAGGAAUAUGCCAAGGCCCCAAUGCCACAAAAUGAAACCCAAGCAACAGAAUCAAGGUCAUCACUGUCAUCUCCGCAGUCAUCAUUGAAGAAAUUCCGGUUCUUGAUUGACCGCCCAAAUCGGGCUCAGUCUACCACAUCCAUGGACAUCAAUUGGCCUCAUACCUUCUCGGAUACACACCAGCCCCAGGUGUCACUUUUCUCUUCCUCAACCAGUUUUGGAGAACAGGAGGAAGGUAAAACAAUUGCUAAACAGGAAGGCCAUGUAAGACAGGAAGUUGGUGCCAAAACACUGGAUCAGGUGGGCAGCCAUUCUGAGGAAGCGUCUGCUUUUAAUAAAAAAACAAAUUCUAAAGAAAGUUUCACAAAUCAAGUAUUAAAACACAAUGUGAAAGGCGAUUCAGUGAUCCAUGAUGAGCCUGCCAAGGUUGCCAAGGAAACCACCAAGAAAUUGAAAGAUGUAGGUAACGAGAGACUUCCUUCAAACCCUGUAAAUGAUGUACAGUGGCAGGCAAGAGAUGGAAAGAGGGAAGAGAAAAAAACAAGAAAACAUUCAUCCUCUGACUCCUCUUCCUCUGAAUCCGACACUGGGUCCUCGUCAUCCCGGUCUUCUUCCUCAUCUUCCUCUUCCCUUGAGAAUAUAUCAACUUCAAGAAAUAAAAGGGGAGUAAAACUUGACAUCAAUGCUUCACCACAGUGUAGAGUGACUGCUGUGGCUCAUGAUGCCAGUAUAAAGCCCUCCCCUUACAAAAGAGAGAGAUCGGUCGAGAAGACCAGCACAGCAGAUGAUGAGGCGAGUCAGGCAAAGAAACCAUUUCUUGAAACACCACCUGGAGAGAUGAAAAAGAAAGACAACGAAGGAUUGGAGGAAAAGGAUGAAAAAAGACAGGAGAUUGAGUCUGCUAUGGCCGAUUCAGAGAAGAUUGUGGAGGCUGGCGAUGAGGCACAAAAGACCUGCGUAGCUCGUAGGAUCUCUCUUAGCAGCAGUAAGUCCUCUUCAGGCACAGGCAGCACAGAUGAUCAGGAAUCUGGGUCUGCAGGUGGUCGCAAGAGGAGGUGGGGUUCAAGCAGUGUGGUCACUGCCAAGAAACCUUCCAUCAGCAUCACCACAGAUUCACUGAAGUCGCUAAUCCCAGACAUCAAGCCGUGCGCAGGUCAAGAUGAGGUUCUGGACCUGCACCCCGAGGAAGUUGUUCUCUCUGGUGCUGAGGAUGAAGAUCAUGUGCACUCCGAGCAAGACCUUCAGAUCCGGCGCACUGUCACCCAAGUGGUUUCCUCAGACAGCCAAGAAAAUGGAGAGAAGGAGACAAAAAGGAGAAGAUGUGAGGAGGGCAUGGAGGAUAGUGACAUUCAGACAGACCAAAAUAGAAAGGAACCAGUGGAAGAGAAGCCUGUGGAAGAAAUGGAAACCCAAUCAACACCCCAUCCCAGCCAAGAUGUCGAACUCAGCACUGUGGCCCCAGCCAACGUCAUCAUUCGUCCCUCCAUUAGUCAGCAAAAAACGGGCGUCUCCAUCACCAUUGAUGACCCCGUGCGCACCACUCGACAACCGUCCCCUGCACGGGGCAAAAUUUCCAACAUUGUUCACGUCAGCAAUCUGGUGAGGCCGUUUACUCUCGGGCAACUGAAAGAAUUGUUGGGCAGAACUGGCACCCUGGUGGAGGACGCCUUCUGGAUUGACAAAAUCAAAUCUCACUGCUACGUCACUUACUCAAGUUCCGAGGAGGCGGUUGCUACGCGGGAAGCUCUGCACGGAGUCAAGUGGCCUCAGAGUAACCCAAAAGUUCUUAACGUAGACUUUUGCCAGCAGGAUGAGCUGGACUUCCACAAAGGAUUGGGCACAGCGGGAAAACCUGGAACAGAAGAGCAAUGGCAUGCAUCAAACCGUUUUCAAGCACCAGGCCUGCCUUCCCUCCUUCCCAAGCAAGACCAGUGGGCCGAACGGGAACGGGAAAUGGAGCGCAGGGAGAAGGCGCGCUCCGAGCGGGAGUGGGAUCGCGACAAAGUCCGGGACUUUGGCAAAGUUGGAAAUGAUGUGGAGGGAGGUGCCCGGAGGUCACGCUCCAGGGAGCGACGGCGCAAGGAGAGGGGAAAGAGCAAAGAGAAGAAGACUGAAAAGAAAGAAAAAGCUGCUGAAGAACCGCCUGCAAAGCUUCUUGAUGACCUGUUUCGCAAAACUAAAGCAGUUCCUUGCAUCUACUGGCUUCCACUUACAGAUGAACAGUUUGUCGAGAGGGAAGCUGCCAGAGCAGAACGGAUGAAGGAACGUGAGAAACGUCUGAAACAGCAGCAGCAGGAGGAGGAGGAGAAAAAGAGGGAAGAAGAGCGAAAGGAGAGAAUCAAAGGUGGAGGAGUUACAGCAGGAGACCGGAGCGAGGGGGCAAAGGACAAAGAGCGCGACAGAGAGCGUGACAGGGACCGAGGUAAAGACAGGGAGAGGAACACCGACAAACGCAGGGAUGGCUACCGAAGGCCGGGGGCUAGCGGGGAAGGGGGCAGCAGACGCUCCCGAAGCCGCAGCGACCCGCGAGACAGACGGCGCUAAUCAGCUGACGGAACUGUCUCAAGGGAGCGGCCUCUUCCAUUUGCCUUCCACCACAUGUACUUUGCUCCAACUGAGAUCCAGCAAAUGUCGUCACCCUCUCAGUUCUCACCUCGAAGCACAUGUACACAUUCACACAGACGUGUUUAAAGGGGACCAGAAAAGUUGCAGUGUUGUACGUGUCACUCCUUGUCAAGGUUUGAUGUAUAUUGUCUUCAUGAAAUUGCCUUCACAGUUUCUUUGACACUCGUCCAUGCAGCAUAGCAGUACGGCAUGCUGGGUAAUUCCUUCUCCUCUUCUGACCGCAAGUAUUGGUGCCAUCGUUUGCUCUUUGCCUCCACAUUUAAGAGUCCCGCUUUUGGGACGAGGGCGACUUGUUGCUGCAUGGAAACCAACAAUCUUCUCAGCCGUCCUGCCUAGCGAGAGAGGGAGGAACGGAGAGAAUUCUCACCUCUCUUUGCAGAGGUGUGCUGAAAUCGGGCCGACGGGGGGCAUUCUGUACAGACAACUUUAAUCAUGCGUUCAUAACUGAGGCAGCUUUGGAAGUAUUUUGAUCUUUAGGCAAUGCAGUGUUCCUCUUUUCAGCAGUUUGGAGAAGAGAAAAGAAAAAGUUCUACGCGGAGACUGGCGGGCGGUGCUUUUUCUGGCACAGCAGAUUCCUUUAUUAUUCUCAUCUAUGAUCGUUCUCUUCCCCUUGACAUCCUCUGACGCUCUCAUCACGUAGGGCUCAUACGGGGGAGCUUGUACUAUUUUCAGUUUUCUCACCAAUGGUUUCAAUUUAUUGUUUGUAUUUUACCAUUUUAGAACAAUUUUUUUUUUUAAAUUUUGGUUAAUUUCUUCUUUGAUUAACACCUAUCAGUGGUGAAUGUACAAAUAAAAAAAAAUUGGUAAAAAGA